GAGCGAGAAAGAACCCCCUCCUUCCCUCCCUGACACACACACGCACACACACGCACACACACACACACACACACACACACACACACACACACACACACUGCGGAGGCGCGGCAGAUCGGUGGGUCGAAACAGGGAAGACUGCAGGACUUCGUUGUCUGCCUGUGACCGUAAUUGCGCGUGGGGACAGCGAUGGCGUGUCUUCGGUGGACGUUUCUGGCGCUGCAGAUGCUAUGCUCCUGUCUGGCGAUGCCGUCAGCGACUGUUCAGGUGCUUCACCCUGCCUCCCCGAAGAGGAUAACGCACGCUGAUCUGGUCAAGGCGGUGACGUCCACGUGCUCACUGGUUCUGACGUCAGACGUUGUGCUGAGAGGCGAUCUGCCAGAGGUGAACAGCACAGCGUGCCCGGAGGUGAGAAUCGUCGGCCGCUGCAGGGGGCGCAAGCUAUGCAGGAUCGACGGCGCGGGCAAGUACAGCUUCAUUCAUGGCGGGGAACGUCUGCUUCUGAAGAACUUGGAGAUAACGAGGAUGAGGGGGGGCAAUAUAGGUAGAGCGCCAGUUCUCUCCGACACCAGGAACGCGACAAUAAUUGGCUGUAGGGUAACGAACAACGUCGAUCUGAUGAGUUGGGGGGUGGUGCGAGUCCCCCUGACGGUUAAGAACACAGUUUUCGAGGGCAACCAGGGAGGAGCUAUAGAGAUCGACGAUAGGUAUGUCUAUGCGACAGACGUGGUCUUCCGUUGCAAUAGGCGAAAGAAAGGUGCUGCGGUGUGGAACAUGGAGGGUCGGUUCUAUUGUACCCGUUGCUUGUUCGAAGGUAAUAUCGCGGAGGAGAAGGGUGGAGCCGUGUACUUGGUGGACACAGACGGCACGGGGGCCAUCUUCAAGAGCUGCAGGUUCGUGGGGAACAAGGUCGUCGGCAAGGGAGGGGUGGGAGGGGCCGUUUACAUGGACAAUCUCGAUCCGGGGGUGAGCUUCUGCCGCUGUCAAUUUGACCGCAACAUGGCUGACGGCAAGCUGAAUCACGUGUAUAUCGACGGCCUGGAGGACAGCAUAGCCUAUUUCUGCCCUGCUCGCCCGCGGUCUGGAAUCGUGAUUACUCCGAAGACCAGCGAGGCCUUUGUCAAGGAUGGCUGCCAAGGGUGCAAAUAGCCAAAAUGCCGCGUCGCCGCACGCUUGGAGAGGGUGGCAGCUGCUGCGUAGCCGUUGAGUUGAUGACGCCGCUUAGCAGGUAAUUGCAUC